AACCCGGACUCUGCGGGGCGCCGGCCAGCCGCACCCGCCCGCGGGCGAGGCCUGCGGGAAACGGAAGCCUUUGGCGGGGGCUCAGCUUGGGGUUCCGGGGCCGGGAGUCAGGACCGGGAGGUUGCCACUUGCCGGCCUGAGGCAGAAUCUCCAAGGUCUGCAGUCUGGUCGAAAGAUGUCGGACCUCACUGCCCUGUUUAAGUAUGUCGAUGAAAAUCAGGAUCGCUUCAUUAAGAAACUCGCAGAAUGGGUGGCCAUCCAGAGCGUGUCCGCAUGGCCCGAGAAGAGAGGGGAGAUCAAAAGGAUGAUGGAGGUUGCCGCUGCGGACAUCAAGCAGCUGGGCGGCUCUGUGGAGCUGGUGGACAUCGGAAAACAGAAGCUCCCUGAUGGCUCGGAGAUACCACUCCCACCCAUUUUACUUGGCAAACUGGGCUCCGACCCCCGGAAGAAAACGGUGUGUGUGUAUGGACAUCUGGACGUGCAGCCGGCCGCCCUGGAGGAUGGCUGGGACAGCGAGCCCUUCACCCUGGUGGAGCGAGACGGCAAACUGUACGGGAGAGGUGCGACCGAUGACAAGGGGCCGGUGGCCGGCUGGAUGAACGCCCUGGAAGCCUUUCAGAAAACAAGUCAAGGAAUCCCUGUCAACAUCCGGUUCUGUCUGGAGGGCAUGGAGGAGUCUGGCUCCGAAGGCCUGGAUGAACUGAUUUUUGCCCAAAAAGACACCUUCUUCAAAGACGUGGACUACGUCUGCAUUUCUGACAACUACUGGCUGGGAAAGAAAAAGCCCUGCAUCACCUACGGCCUCAGGGGCAUCUGCUACUUUUUCAUUGAGGUGGAAUGCAGCGACAAAGACCUGCACUCGGGUGUGUACGGGGGCUCGGUGCACGAGGCCAUGACGGACCUCAUCACGCUGAUGGGCUGCCUGGUGGACAGGACGGGGAAGAUCCUCAUCCCCGGCAUCAGCAAGGCGGUGGCCCCCGUAACAGAGGAGGAGCUGGAGCUCUACGACAAGAUCGACUUCGACUUGGAGGAGUACGCCAAGGACGUGGGGGCAGACACCCUGCUGCACAGCUGCAAGAAAGACAUCCUGAUGCACAGGUGGCGGUACCCGUCCCUCUCCCUUCACGGGAUUGAAGGCGCCUUCUCGGGGUCGGGGGCCAAGACCGUGAUUCCGAGGAAAGUGAUUGGCAAGUUCUCCAUCAGGCUCGUGCCGAACAUGACUCCCGAGGUGGUCAGUGAGCAGGUUACCAGCUACUUGACUAAGAAGUUCGCUGAGCUGCACAGCCCCAACAAGUUCAAGGUGUACAUGGGCCAUGGUGGGAAGCCCUGGGUGUCUGACUUCAACCAUCCCCAUUACUUGGCUGGGAGAAAAGCCCUGAAAACAGUGUUUGGUGUUGAGCCGGACCUAACCAGGGAAGGUGGCAGUAUUCCUGUGACUUUGACUUUUCAGGAGGCCACAGGCAAGAAUGUCAUGUUGUUGCCUGUGGGGUCAGCCGAUGACGGCGCCCACUCCCAGAAUGAAAAGCUCAACAGGCGUAACUACAUAGAAGGAACCAAAAUGCUGGCGGCCUACCUGUAUGAAGUGUCUCAGCUGAAGGCCUGAGGCUGUCUUCCUCGGAGCGACGCUGCUGGAACCCCGCCCUCACCCUCGUCCUCUCCGAUCGCUCAGGAAAGCUGUCGUCUGUCUCCUUCCCCUCCUGUCAGACCACCCACAGAGCCCGAGUGGACACGGGAGCCCCACCUGUCUCGCGACGGGCAUGCCCUGUACCAGGCGGGAAGGCCAUUCAGUCCCGGGCUCGGGACUCACCCUGAAGGACAGCGGAGCCCCCAGAGCUGGGCAGCACGGCUUGGUCUCCAGCAGACAGCCGACGUCUGCCUGCAUGAGUUCUUCUGUAGAAAGUUCUGGUGGGCGUCCCGCUGGGCCAGACGGAGGCCUCGGUGCCCUCUGGUCCAUCUCUGCCUGCUGACUCGGGCCAGGCGCACUUGGACUGUCAGGGGCGCCUGACACCUCGAGGGCCCUGGCUGACCCCUUGCUGCCCUCGGCGGCUCGGCCCUUUCCUGAAGACCCCACCCAUCACUGACGUCCCCUGGCUUCUCUGUAUUAUCCCUCAAAACCUGAACCUCACUGGAAGGAAGAUUCGGCCCCAGUCUGUGCUGAUGAAUAAAAAGUACGAGUGAAGCGUC